UUGUGGAGAUAUUCAGACAAAUCCCCAAAGGCCGUGCCUGCAGUGCUGACAGCCUCGAGGAGUUACUCAAACAAUAUCGGGUAUUAUAGUAAUAAUACUCUUUAUUUUUAUGCUUGAUGAGAGCCAUCGCUAGCAAAACGGAGCACAGCAGGCGUACAGGUUUCAUGUUUUUUUUUUUUUUUUUUUUUCUUUCGUGUUUUACUUCACUAUCUUUUCGGGCUCUCAUGGUUUCAUUUCGUUUACUCUUGCCAUCUGACAUGUAUGAUUCUCGAAGGCGUUGGUAUGUUUCCUUGUUUCAGCUGCGUUUUGUUUCAGAUCUUCAAAGACUUGGUUAUGACAGGGAUUCACGGUGUAGAUAGAUGUGAUUGGAUAUACAAGUACUAUGAACAUCAUUUGAU